CACAGUCAUGGCGGUGUCGGGGAGUCGCGGAGAUGGAGUAAACACCACCACUUCUGCCUCCUGAUUUGUUGGUCAUACUUUCCCGCUGGACUGUAGCUGCCGUCGUCCGGAGAUAUUGCGAACGUCCCGCAGGCUGCUGCGCUUCCAACGAUGGCCGACCGCGGCGUUGAUCUGUCGGCUCUGCCUAAAGAGGUCAGGGACCAGCUGGCGGAGUUGGACCUGGAGCUAUCCGAAGGUGAUAUUACACAGAAGGGAUAUGAGAAGAAAAAGAUCAAACUCCUGGCUCCCUACAUCAUCCAUACUCCAGUUGAGCCACCCCGUCAGAAUGACAGGCAGCCUCCCGCUCCCAGCUCCUCCUCCAGCCACGGUCCUCCCCCCUCCAGCUCGUCCCGUUAUCGAGAGCGUCGCUCCCGCAAGACACAUCGGAGUGGAGGAACCAGGGACGACCGCUACAGAUCAGAUAUCCAUACUGAGGCAGUACAGGCUGCCCUGGCUAAACAUAAGGAAGAGAAGAUGGCACUGCCCAUGCCUACCAAACGACGCUCCACGUAUGUCCAGUCUCCCAUCGAAACCCGCACACCACCGGACUCUUCUUCAGGAUCUGAAGAUGAAACAUCUGUGCGCAGGCAAUCAUCACUGGUCCCUCCUCCGCCUGUGGUCAAUCCCAACCAGCAGAGCCCGGACUCUUGGAUCAACCGCACCGUCCAGGGCUCCUCCACCUCCUCUUCGGCCUCCUCAACCUUGUCCCACGGAGAGGCCAAGCCGCAGCCUCACAGACAGCCUAAGUCUCAGCCUCAGCCUCAGUACAAGCCACAGUACCAGCCUCUGUAUCAGCCUCACUACCAGCAGCAGCACCAGCCUCAGCCCUCAGCCCACACUGCAGCUGUGACGGACAUGCUGGCUCACAGUCGCAUUGCCCCAUCAGAAAACAGUGCCCCGCCUCCAGAUGUGACAGCUGUGGCCCCCCCAUCCAGAGGACCACGGGUCGACCUGACGAACAACGCUGUGGUCCGAGGGAUGAGCCGCGGACAAAGCCGCUCAAGCAUGAUGGAGACUGCGGACGGAGUUCCUGUGAACAGCAGAGUGUCCACUAAGAUCCAGCAGCUGCUCAACACCCUGAAGAGGCCCAAGAGGCCCCCUCUCAGCGAGUUCUUCACCGACGACGCUGAGGAGAUCGUAGAAGUGCCCGAGCCAGACCCCAACACACCCAAGCCGGAGGGCCGUCAGAUCAUCCCGGUGAAAGGGGAGCCUUUGGGUGUGGUCAGCAACUGGCCCCCAGCCCUGCAGGCAGCGUUGGCCCGUUGGGGGUCCACUCAAGGGAAGAGCCCCGCCCUCACCGCUCUUGACAUCACGGGCAAGACACUCUACACACUGACUUAUGGGAAGCUGUGGAGUCGUAGCGUGAAACUGGCGUACACCCUCCUGAACAAGCUGGGCACCAAGAAUGAGCAAAUCCUCAAACCUGGAGACAAGGUGGCGCUGGUGUAUCCAAACAGUGACCCUGGUAUGUUCUGGGUGGCCUUCUAUGGCUGCCUCCUAGCUGAAGUUAUACCUGUACCUAUUGAAGUACCACUGUCUCGCAAAGAUGCAGGUAUCUGCCAGGUGGGGUUUCUGCUUGGUAGCUGUGGUGUUGGUCUGGCUCUGACCAGUGAGAUCUGUCUGAAAGGUUUACCCAAAACGCCCACAGGGGAAAUACUGCAGUUUAAAGGGUGGCCUCGACUAAAGUGGGUGGUGACAGAUUCAAAAUACCUGACAAAGCCUUCCAAAGAGUGGCAGCCGCACAUCCCCACUGCCAACACUGACCCUGCAUAUAUAGAGUACAAGGCCAGUAAAGACGGCACAGUGGUGGGUGUGGCUGUGUCUAAAGUAGCCAUGUUGACCCACUGCCAAGCGCUAACCCAGGCCUGCAACUACUGUGAGGGGGAAACUUUGGUGAAUGUCCUGGACUUUAAAAAGGAUAUGGGCCUGUGGCAUGGAGUUCUCACGGCUGUGAUGAACAGGAUACACACUAUCAGUGUUCCUUACGCAGUAAUGAAGGCUUGUCCUCUCUCCUGGGUACAGAGGGUCCACAUCCACAAAGCUCGUAUAGCUUUGGUGAAGUGCCGUGAUCUACACUGGGCCAUGAUGGCUCACCGGGACCAGAGAGACACCAGUCUGGCGUCUUUACAUAUGCUGAUUGUUGCUGAUGGUGCUAACCCCUGGUCGGUGUCUUCCUGUGAUGCCUUCCUGAACGUCUUUCAGUCCCACGGGCUGAAACCUGAGGCCGUCUGUCCCUGUGCCACCUCCCCUGAGGCUAUGACAGUAGCUAUACGCAGACCAGGAGUACCAGGCACACCCCUCCCAGCCCGUGCCAUUCUUUCAAUGGGCGGCCUGAGUCACAGUGUCAUAAGGGUCAACACGGAGGACAAGAACUCCGCCCUGACUGUACAAGAUGUGGGGCACGUCAUGCCUGGAGCUCUGAUGUGCAUUGUUAGGCCAGACGGGCCUCCUCAGCUGUGUAAAACAGAUGAGAUUGGUGAGAUAAUAAUCAACUCCCGUGCUGGGGGCAACAUGUACUACGGCCUACCUGGGCUCACCAAAAACACAUUUGAGGUGAUACCGGUUAACGCUAAUGGAGUGCCCAUUGGAGAGAUACCAUUUGUGCGGUCAGGACUCCUGGGGUUUGUUGGCCCAGGCAGCCUGAUCUUUGUGGUGGGGAAGAUCGAGGGUCUGCUGAUGGUGAGCGGGCGGAGACACAAUGCUGAUGACUUGGUGGCCACCGCUCUUGCCGUGGAGCCAGUCAAGACCGUGUACCGUGGAAGGAUCGCUGUGUUUUCAGUCACAGUGUUUUAUGAUGAGAGGGUAGUGAUUGUGGCGGAGCAGAGGCCAGGCGCCAGCGAAGAGGACAGCUUCCAGUGGAUGAGCCGUGUGCUUCAGGCUAUCGACAGCAUCCACCAGGUUGGCCUCUACUGUUUGGCUCUGGUCCCGGCCAACACCUUACCUAAAACACCCCUGGGUGGCAUCCACACCUCUGACACCAAGCAGUUCUUCUUAGAUGGCAACCUGCACCCCUGCAACAUCCUAAUGUGUCCACAUACGUGUGUCACCAACCUGCCCAAGCCCCGCCAGAAGCAGCCCGUUGGUGUUGGUCCUGCAUCAGUGAUGGUGGGCAACCUGGUUGCAGGGAAGAGGAUUGCCCAGGCCGUAGGCAGGGACCUCGGCAUGAUCGAAGACCAGGAUCUUGUACGGAAGCAUCAGUAUUUGACAGAGGCUCUGCAGUGGAGGGCACAGACAGAUGCAGACCACGUCCUCUUUGUUCUUCUUAAUGCCAAGGGUGUCACAGUGAGCACAGCGACCUGCGUCCAGCUUCACAAGCGAGCGGAGAAGAUAGCUGCAGCGCUCACUGAGAAAGGCAGCAUCAACACCGGAGAGAACGUAGUUCUGCUUUAUCCUCCUGGAAUUGAUUUGAUAGCCGCCUUCUAUGGCUGCCUUUACGCUGGAUGUGUUCCUGUAAAUGUCAGACCACCGCACCCUCAGAACCUGGCAGCCACGCUACCUACUGUCCGCAUGAUUAUUGAUGUCAGUAAAGCUGCAUGUAUCCUCACCACUCAAAGUCUCAUGAGGACUAUGCGCUCCAAAGAGGCUGCUGCUUCUGUUAACAUUAAAACGUGGCCAACAAUCAUUGACACAGAUGACCUUCCUCGCCGCCGGCCUCCCCAGAUCUAUAAGCCACCCACAGCAGAGAUGAUUGCUUAUCUGGACUUCAGUGUGUCCACGACAGGCAUGCUCACUGGGGUCAAGAUCUCUCAUGCAGCGGUCAGUGCAAUUUGUCGCUCUAUAAAGCUGCAGUGUGAACUCUACUCCUCUCGCCAAAUAGCCAUCUGCCUGGAUCCUUACUGUGGUCUGGGCUUCGUCUUGUGGUGCCUCGCAAGUGUUUACUCAGGUCACCAAUCCGUCCUGAUUCCCCCCUUCGAGUUGGAGAGCUGCUUGUCUCUGUGGCUGAGUACGCUCACUCAGUAUCGUAUCAGAGACACCUUCUGCUCCUACUCCGUCAUGGAGCUCUGCACUAAAGGACUGGGCACUCAGACUGAGUUACUCAAGGCCCGUGGUGUGAACCUGUCAUGUGUGCGGAGCUGCGUGGUGAUAGCAGAGGAACGCCCUCGACUCGCCCUCUCACACUCCUUCUCAAAGCUGUUUAAAGACAUUGGGCUGUCGUCCAGAGCUGUCAGCACUGCGUUUGGUUCACGGGUUAACCUGGCUGUCUGCCUGCAGGGCACCACUGGUCCGGAUCCCUGUACGGUUUAUGUGGACAUGAAGUCCCUACGACAUGACAGAGUGAGGCUGGUGGAGAGAGGAGCACCCCAGAGUCUUCCGCUAAUGGAGUCUGGCAAGAUACUGCCAGGUGUUCGGGUGAUAAUUGUAAAUCCAGAGACCAGAGGUCCACUUGGUGACUCUCAUCUAGGAGAGAUCUGGGUGAACAGCCCUCACAAUGCCAGUGGCUACUACACCAUCUACGGAGAGGAGAGUCUUCAGGCCAACCACUUCAACACCAAGCUCAGCUUUGGAGACCCGCAAACCUUAUGGGCCAGGACGGGAUACUUGGGUUUUGUGAAGAGGACUGAGCUGUUGGAGGCCAACGGGGAUCGGCACGAUGCUCUCUUUGUGGUGGGCUCACUGGAUGAGACCUUGGAGCUUAGAGGGCUACGCUACCACCCAAUUGACAUUGAAAUCUCCGUGUCCCGGGCUCACCGCAGUAUAGCUGAGAGUGCUGUGUUUACAUGGACCAACCUGCUGGUGGUGGUGUCAGAGCUGUGUGGUUCAGAGCAGGAUGCGCUGGACCUGGUGCCUCUGAUAACCAACGUGGUCCUGGAGGAGCACCACCUCAUCGUGGGUGUGGUGGUCAUUGUGGACCCCGGCGUUAUACCCAUCAACUCCAGGGGAGAGAAGCAACGCAUGCACCUUCGUGACUCUUUCCUCGCUGAUCAGCUGGAUCCCAUCUAUGUCGCUUACAACAUGUAAGGGGUUGUGUUGGUCUGGGCUUGUUUAAACAUCAUCCACAUUUUGGAUGCUUCUGCUUCAUCUCCCCAGCGCUCGACUGCAGCUUUGGCAGAGGGUGAAAAGGAAAAAGCAUGAACCACAUGUAUUGCCACCCAGCCCUGUGUGACACCAGCAUAUCUUGGUCACUGCAUGUAUGUGAUUGGACCUGCCAUGUUUGGAGUUCUUCACUGUGUUUUAUAGAUAGAAUUUUGCAAAUGGGACAGAAGCAACUUGUACUGCAUAUGGCAAAGAAAAAACAAAACCCUGUUGCACUUUUUUAUAGAAAGGGUGAAACAUACAACAGGACCACUUUUGAAAUAAUUUCUAUAUAUAAAAGAAUCAAUUGUCUUAUUAAGUACCUACCACACACCUCGUAAAAUACUUUUGUUUCUGUUUCCAUACAAAUACCAGGAGCUAUUAAACUUGGAUCAACAACUUGAAAUAUUUGUACACGCACACAAACGCAUGCCCUGAGCACUUGUUAUUUCUCACUACCACAGAUGAACAAAAGAGGGCAGAUGAAAACAAACCAUUAAACAAGUAGUCAGUCUCAGUUUGUGUGCAAUAUUUAGAAAAAUUAUUUUGUCCCAUGAUAAUGAAGCCAAAAAUAUUUCACAACUUUCCUGCCCUAAAACAUUUCCUGCCUUAUAAAACUUUAGCCAUACAUUCCUAUCUUGAUUUUUAAUGAAUCUGUUAUUAAUGGCUGUUUACUCUUCAUUGUUUUUUGACUAGUAGUGGAAAUCCUGACCGAUAUCCAAAGGGAUCAAACUAAAAUAGGAAAGUGGCCAUAUUCUGUACUGUACCUAUAAAGGCCUAUUGUAUUUUAGAUAAUAUGUUACUGUAUAGAUAUAUUUUAAUUGUAUAAAUGUAUAAAUGCUAGACUUGUCUCUCUCAUUUGAUGAUUCAUGGAUAGUUAACCCAGAUGUUGGAUUACAAUUGAUGCAGAGAGAGGAUUGUAAAUAAGAUUGAACAGUUUUGAAAUGGAAUAUUAGUUGUAUAAUGGAGGUUAAAGAUAAUUCACUUUAAAGCAUUGUUAGUCAGAAUAGAUAGAACAUUGCACUUUCUCAAAAAUCUAUUUUAUUAUAACAAUGAGGCAUUAUAACAAAAGGUAUAUAUUAACAUAUAUUAUUCUGAGGAUUCUUGCUUGAAGAGCUUUGAGAGUUUACUAGGAGGGCUAUCACUGUUAAUGCCAGGGAACUUUCCUGUCGGCCAUUGAAGAAAAAAAAAACACUUGGCUAAAAACCAAUAACAUGACUUUUUAGGCUACCGGGUUAUUUUGUAAAAAUGUUCACAAAUAUUUAAAAAAAUAGGCCCACAACCCCUUAUCUAAUAUGCAUUGCCAUUGUACUUUGGAUCGGUAGACAGUCACACACCUCUCAUUUUUGUAUUGCAAAAUAGAGCGUUUGAGAGUUUGUUUCUUCCCUUUUCCUUUUCACACUCAAAGUUCAUUCAAACUGUAUUUUGUAUUUGUGCAACUUUGUUAAGAAUGACUUUGAAUACUAACGGGAUUGUUGUCGGUACUUAAGAGUCUGUAGUCAAUAGAUGCAAGUCAUCAUGUAUCUGGAUAUUUUUCUUUGUUCUGUCACUGGAUUUAAAAGCACUUGUGAAUGCAGUUGCAAAGCUGAGCCACAUCUAACACAUCCUUGUUUGGCAAGUAAAGUAAUUGUAUGAAAAAGGGUGAGAAAAAAAUAAUAAUAAUAUUUACAUCAAUAUGUAUUUGCAAAAUGUGUUUGAUUUAUUGUUAUCCUUGUGCUCCUUGCCAUAUUGUAUAGGUUAUUUGUACUAGAUUAUACUGGAUUUCAGUGAUGAACAUUUAAUGUAAACAUGUAAAUAUUUUUUGUUAAUUUUAGACUUUUGGAAUUGUCCCAUUAUAAGAUACAAUCAUGCCAAACACAAUAUUAGACAGAUGUUUAAUCAUCUAAAGGUAAACAGGUAAAUAAUCUAUUGAAUUACUGCACUUUGCACUGGUAGUACUUACAUCAGGUGUCUACUGUGUGGACUAACUAUCCCUAUUUCAUGUUACAUUAAAUGUGUUACUAAUUUGAGAUAUAUAAUGCUUGGCAUUUGCUUUUGCCCAGUGUAAGUCCACCUAGAAGAAAAACUAAAAGCACUUAAUCUCGUCUUUUACAUAGCAUCCUUCAUUUGCAGCAGAAUGUUUGCAUGAUUCAGCCAAGCACAAGAAGAAAUCAGCUUGAGGCACAUUUCAUCUUCAGGCACAAGGGGAGGAGAUAUAUAUGUAUGACAUUGUAUAUUCAGGUAACCAAACUCAUAACACAGGGGUGGACCAGGUGGUCCCUUGGUGCAAUCUGUGAAUAAUACCCAUAAAAUGUAGACAUUUGUCAGAACAAAUCUCCUUGUUAUUAAGGCAGACUUAAUGAGCAAAAAGAGGGGUUACUGGACCUGUGUCCAUAUAUACCAUCUACCUGCUUCGCUGGGGAGUCUACAAGGGCUUCCUUUGGUUUCCACUCUUUUUCUCCAUCAGAGUUCUCACACACUAUGCAAUCCCAACGACAGUGCAAUUUAAUUUCAAAGCUUGCACAGUCUGGUGAAAUAAACAUGAUGCUUAAACAUUUUGUAAUAACUAAGAACAGAGGACUGAUGAAAUUUAACCGGUAGUGUACUGGAUUAACCUCUUUUGAGCUGUUUUAUCAAUAUUUUGUGUAUGCACUCUUGGUAUGUUGUAUAUUAAUUAUUUGGUGAAUUCUAUACUGCUCCAUGAGGGUGUGAUCCACUGAUGUAUCUUUAAUGUUAGGGAGGUGUUUUAACUCAUACAGUUAAGAAAUCAAGGUGGUACCCCCUUUCCAUUUUCUCACUUAUUUUCUAUUUUGGUUUGUUGUACUUUGUUUUAUACUUUAUGUGAAAGUAAUACAGAAUAAACAAAACCAUUUA